AUGCAAUCGUAUCUAGAUGAUCUUUGGCAUCUGGAGGGGUUUAUGCAUGUCUUAGGUCGAAGUAAGAAGUGCUACAUUUUUUCGUUUGAGCAUGCACAUGAUUUGCAGUGUAUAGUUGCCAAUGGUCCUUAUGCAGUUGCGGGGGCUUUGUUGAUAGUAGAUUAUUGGCGACCUGGUUUGGUGCUGGAGAAGUUCGUCAUUCCCCGUGCUGGGAUCUGGGUUCGCAUGUUUGGGUUGCCGCUUGAAUGCUAUACUGCUGAGGCAGGUUUUUGUUUAGGCAAGGCCAUUGGAGAAGUUAUUCAGGUUGAUGUGGAUACUGUUUGGCCACGGAACAUACGCUAUCUACUCCUUAAAGUGUGGAUCUGUUUGGAGGCACCAUUGAUAAGUGGUUUUUUCUUAACAUUUUCGAAUGGAAGCCAUCAGUGGAUUGAAUGUCAAUAUGAACGUAUCUGUCGUAUGUGUCGAAAAUGUGGCAAGAUUGGUCAUACUGAUGGGCAAUGUGCUAUGUCCUUCCAGGAGGGUCAAACUUUUGUUGAUAAUCAUCUAGCUCAAGUUGCCAACAACUGGGGACUUGGGUGA